UAUUUUCGCCUGUUUGUUCUGAACGUGUUUUUUGUAAAAACACAUGGUGCUCAACUGGAUAUAAUCAAGCAUAUUGCUAUUUAUAUUAUAAAAAGUUAAUAUAAAAUGUCUGAGGUGUUUCAUCGGCCAGGGCCGUUAAAACAAACCAACAAAGCACAUAAAACCGGUCGGCAUCGAUCCAAAGGAGCUAUAGAGAAUGCAUUAAAAGGCCGAGUUUCCCUUAAAACGGUUUCGCAUAAACAUAAACAGGAGCAACGAAGGGAACAGCGUAGGCAUCAAAUGAAUCAACUGCGUAAGAAGAAACGCGAAGAAGCCAGAUUAGAAAAAUUACAGCUGGGGUCUCAAAAUACUGCCCCAUUUAUGGUAUGCAUAUUGCCAAUGCAUUGUCAAAUCGAUCCGAGAUCAGCCUUAGCCAUUUUAGAAAAUUGUGAUGAAGAAGCUGUAAUUCAAAAAACUGAAACUGGUGUAACUUAUAUAAAUUUACCGCGGUUCAAGCAACGCUUCUCUUUUAUUAUCCCACCAGUAGGUCGAGGCAAUGACAUAGAAGUAUUAGAUUAUUUAAAAGCAUGUGACACCACACUACUUUUAACUUCUGCCGCAAUGGGAGAAGAUGAUAUAUUUGAUCGCUGGGGUCAUCGAAUUUUCAAUAUGAUGUCAGCUCAGGGUAUACCCACACCAAUUGUUGCGCUAAUGGAUUUAGAGUCUAUUAAUCCUAAAAAGCGGGGCGAUAUUAAGGCGUCUGUCCAGAAAUUCAUAUCGAAGGUGCUGCCAAAGGAAAAAGUUAUGCAGCUCGAUACUAAUGCUGAAGGCCUCAAUGUUAUGCGUCGCAUUGGAGGUCAAAAGCAGAAAAGUCUUCCAAAUAAAACUAAUAGACCACAUUUAUUUUCUGAUAAAAUUUCAAUUGAAUCACAGUUAAGUCAAUGCGAUAACAACGUUACUUUGAAAGUAACUGGAUUUUUACGUGGCGCGCCCCUUAACGAAAACUCACUUGUUCAUAUCCCUGGUUUGGGAGAUUUUCAAAUGCAGCAAAUAGUUUCAACGCCAGAUUCUUUUAAAUUAAAUAACAAUCCAGAUGUUCAGCAAAACCAAGUACGAGUAGCCGAUUCACAAAAACAAACAUCAUUACAGAAAGAGAACAUACCGGAUAUUAUGGAUGCAGAGCAGACAUGGCCGACCGAAGAAGAAAUUGAAGCCGCACAGCAGGAAACGAAGAAAACUAAGCUGGUCAAACGUGUACCAAAAGGAUGGAGUUCAUACCAAGCUGCAUGGAUACCUGAUUUUGAGGCUGUUGAAUCAAAAGAUAACGAAGUUGAUAAUGAUGGCAAUGACGUGAUUGAGGACGAUGACGAUGAUGAAAAUGAAGAUGAAGAUGAAGAUGACGACGAUGAAUUCAUGUCAUGUGAUAAUCAAUCCUUCGACGGUGAAGUGAAAAAACCGGAAUCUGACACUGAAGAAUACGUAGAUACCGCAUCAAUGUCAGAUGCUGCAAUAAAUGAUGAAAAAUAUGAUCUUCAAAUGGACUUUCAUGAAGAACGUGAAACAAUGAAAAAGAUUAAAGAAGCGCGUGUUGAUGAAUUAUGGCCUGAUGAAAUUGAUACUCCACUCGAUAUAGAAGCGAGGGACCGGUUCCAAAAAUAUCGGGGCCUUGAAUCCUUUAGAACAUCACCAUGGGAUGUCAAGGAAAAUUUACCUUAUGAUUAUGCACGCAUUUAUCAGUUCCAAAACUUUGAUCGCACAAAACGUAGAAUCAUAUCGGAAUCUAAGGAUGUCGAAGGAUUUCAGCAUGGUGCCUACAUAACCAUAUACAUCAUUAAUGUGCCCAAUACAAAGUGGCAGGCUUAUAUAUCGGCUCGUCAAACUUCUGGUGUAGUAAUUUAUGGCCUACUUCCACAUGAACAUCAGAUGUCAGUUGUGAAUGUGGUUCUGAAGCGGCUACCUGAUUCAGAGUCCCCGAUUAAGUCAAAAGAGACUUUAAUCAUACAGUGUGGUUAUCGGCGAUUUGUUGUAAAUCCCAUAUUUAGUCAACACACCAAUGGAGAUAAACAUAAAUAUGAACGUUACUUCCGUCCACACACAACUGUUUGUGCAACUUUUUAUGCUCCGAUACAAUUUCCGCCAGCUCCUGUUUUGGCUUUCAAGGUAAAUCCUGAUUCUACUUUAGCUCUGGUUGCACGCGGUUGCUUGCUCUCCUGCAAUCCCGAUCGUGUGGUAUUGAAACGCAUUGUCUUGAGCGGUCAUCCAAUGAGAAUCAACCGCAAGUCAGCAACUGUACGUUAUAUGUUCUUUAAUAAGGAAGAUGUCGAUUAUUUCAAACCAGUUAAGCUACGUACAAAAUGUGGACGUCUAGGGCAUAUAAAGGAAUCUUUGGGUACUCACGGACAUAUGAAAUGCGUAUUUGACGGUCAACUACGGUCAUACGAUACAGUUUUUAUGUAUUUAUAUAAGCGGGUGUAUCCAAAAUGGACAUAUGAAGAUUGUUUGAUACGUAGUGAUAAAGAUGAAGAAAUACAGGAAGACGAAAAAAUGGAAUAAUUCACUUCAUAAAGGAAUUCCAAAAAAAAAAUUAUGUUUUGAUGGUUCAAGUUCUAUGUACUGUUGAAAACUGUCUUCAUAUUACAUAUUUAAAAAAAAAAUUCGCAAUAAACGUCUUUUCUGCAUACUUUUGGGAAUAGUGGUGUUGUCUCAUGUGUGCAAUCAUUACACGAAAAACAAA